GUUCGAAAUUUCAUUUGAAUGGAAAAUCCAGGCUGCUGUAGUACCCCAGUUCAUGACAAAAAAUGGAUUUUACAGCACAGUUCUGCAGGUUUAAGCUAUAACCUAUGUUUUGCUUGCGCUAUUUUAAAUCUGGAAAAUGAUCGUCAAUUCACAGUGUAUAAAAGAUUAAUACUUUCUGAACUCGUCGAUAUUUUGCGGAAAAUUCCUAGAAUUAUUGAAAUUGCUGUUGAAAACGAAGACAAAGUCAUAAUGCAUGCAUCGAUGGUUCUUUUAGGUUUAUCAUGCGGUAAAGAUGAACGCCUUGCCGCUCCAGCUAGUGAAUGUCUUCUCCUGUUCCUUUUCCACACAAAAAAAGAAGCGGUAGAGCUCGCUGUAACGCAGAGAAUGACUGUCGAGAUACAAGAAGAAGAAAAUUAUCUUCAGACUUUGCCUCAACUCCGGUUGCUUGGGGGUCUUUUCCAACUGCUGCCCGAGAUAAUAGAAAAGACUUUGACAGAUAAUGGCAAGUUUCUGCAAUUCGUAGUGAAUGGGAUGACUUAUCCAUCAGAGGAAGUGAAGUCUGCUGUCGUAUACUUGUUGAUUCAAAUCUUUUCAGCCGAUUCCCGUACCAGUGAUGAUGCUUUAUCCGCUACCGACCGUUUGAUAGUCAGUGGAAUAUUGAGUAUUCUGACUCAUGAUCAAAAGAAAGAUUUAACGAAGAAUACACUUGCACUACUAAAAGUAUUCUUAAGCAAAGAACCUAGAAGAUUUGGUAUGUUUUUUGAGAAUUCAAGUAAAACUUCGGAUUUCUCCGUAAUUAUCAAAAAGAUGAUUCUGUCUCCAGAUUCCUCAUUUCAAGUGAGCAUCAUUCAAACUCUGUGCCAUAUACUAUCAGAUUCCUCAGAAUAUGAAAAUCAUGUUCACCUUCUACUAGCAGCAAAUAUUCCAGAAUUAUUGUUUGAAGCAGUAUGCAUCAAAAAUGACCUUUUAAUUGAGACUAUUCUUUGUUGCCUUGUUCUCAUGUCACACUAUUCUUUGUUCUUCAAAACAUGUCAUAAUAUAUAUGGCAUGACAACAAUUUUGGAUGUAAGUCAUCAUCUUCUGUCGGUCAGAAACUGGAGGUUGUUAUGUGUUGCUUUUAAUUUCUUGACACGUAUGGCUUCUAGUGACCAGUGUCUUUCUUCUGGUUCAAUUCGAUGCUCCCUUUUCCAGCAAUCUAUUAAACUGGUUGAAAAAGCGUUUAAAGUACGCAGUACUACUGUGCUUCUUGCUGCUGGCAGAUUUUUUAUAGUUUUGCUUAUGAAAAGGAACCUGCCGACGCCUUUUCCUUUAUCUUCUAUUCUUCAUGUGGUGCAUUCAUGCCUGAAAGAUAUGUCAGCAUUUUUUUCUCCUACUUCGCAUUCUGACACAUAUUCCAGAAAACAUAUUGAUAAUAUUAAUAAUUUGCCUACAGAUAUGAAAAUAUUAAUGUCUGGUUUGGAUAUUAUUUAUUACAGCCUUAGAAUUGCGAAAGAUGAUUGCUCAAACACUAUCACAGAAGAUGCAUUUUCAUGUCCUGGUACUGGAAACGUAGAUGAAAUACAACAAGAAUCUUACAAAAAGAGAAUUUAUGUUCCGCUAAUGAAUAUAUCGUUAUCAUCUUUAGACGAAAUAUUUAUACCGUACUGUCUGCAUCUCGAUUCAAAAGCUCACGUCGGGCAGAUAAUUUGGUUUCAUGUCUUCAAAGUUCUAUCGAUUUUAUUUGAAGAUAAUGCAGAUGAUGAGUUACUUUUUGCAUUUGCAAAGAAGAUUCUAAAAGUUCGACUUUUUAAGCAUCUCUGGGAUGUGAAAAUGAAUGAAACCUAUUUAUCUAAUUGCGAUUUUGUAGAUGUAAAAGACGUUUGCAAUCAGUGCCUGAAAAACGUAUUACAUUGUUUUCUCAAGAAAUCUGAUCCUUCAGAUACAUAUAUGGAAACAGUAGACAGUGGAAUCGUUCAUCUUGACUGCUCCUUUCAAGAAUGUGCUUAUUUCCUAUCGCAGAAAUGUGACGUAACUGAAAGCAGCUCUUCCGCAUCCAGCAUCGCUUCAGCUCAAGUAGCUUUCCUGUGUCUAUGUUACAUAUCCUUUACUAAUGAAGAAAUGUUAAUCGAUGUUAAAUUGCUAAUUCCUCAUUUGGCGUAUUAUAUCACGUGUAAUUACGAGACCUUCAACUCUUCGGAAAUUAUAGUGAAACAUUUGAUAUAUAUUAUCGCUGUCUGCAUGUAUGAAUGUGUUUCCAAAGGUAUAAAGCUGGAUACUGGACUUAGUGAAGCUAAUGGAUUGCUUUGGACUUUAAUGUCAAAAUUAUCAUCUUAUUCAUUAAUAUAUACACAUCAUAAAGUCCUACUGUGGUGGUGCUUCAGAAACGAUUCAGUUAACCCGUUUUGUUCAUAUGUGCUUCAGAUGUGGCUAGAAUCCAGCAUGGAAACAGAAAAUCACGAUGUUAAUAUCCUUCUUCACUUGUUAUGUUUGAACAAACUGGCACGGAAAACAUAUAUGGAUUUAUUUGAUCUGACUUCCCCAAUUCAAUCUCGUAUUGCAUUUUCAUUUCUCAAGAAAGCUUAUGAAUGCGAAGUAUACCAAAAUACCGCUUUUAGUGAAAAAAUGGAUGAAUUAAUUUCCGAUUUAGUGCAACAUAUCCAUGUCUCCUUGACAAGAUUGUUCAUUAUAAAAAAUUACGGAGAAAAGCAGUCAAAUGGUA